GGAGCCAGCCCUCCUGGAUGUCCCGGCCAAUCAAGAGACCACACAUUGUUGCCUAAGAGACCCCGGAUGCCAGCGACAGAAUUUAUAGAUGGUGAUUGGACUAGGAAAGCAGGGAGGGGUGGGGGCUGGAAGGAGUCAAAGAAAAAGCUGACCUAGUGCAACUAUGGCAACCCCAGCACUAGAGGCUUGAAGAGGGAGCCCUCUGAAAGAGGUAUAGUCUUCUUUUUGGAAGAAUAUCCAGUUUUUGCAUGAUGGCAUUUGCACCUCCGAAGAAUAUAGAAUGUCCCAAAAUGCAGAUAAAGAUGAGUACCUGGACACCCCUCAACCACCAGGUUUUGAAUAACCAGGUAUUUGAAGAAAGAAAAGCUCUGCUUGGAAAAUGGUUUGACAAAUGGACAGACUCUCAGCGGAGAAGAAUCCUCACAGGUCUGUUGGAACGCUGCUCGCUGUCACAACAAAAGUUCUGCUGUCGAAAGCUUCAGGAAAAAAUUCCAGCAGAAGCCCUGGACUUCACCACCAAGCUUCCUAGGGUGUUAUCCAUAUAUAUCUUUUCCUUCCUUGACCCCCGGAGCCUUUGUCGUUGUGCACAGGUGAGCUGGCACUGGAAGAACUUAGCUGAGUUGGACCAGCUCUGGAUGCUAAAAUGCUUGCGGUUUAACUGGUACAUCAAUUUCUCUCCAACUCCCUUUGAGCAGGGGAUAUGGAAGAAGCACUAUAUUCUAAUGGUGAAAAAACUUCAUGUUACCAAGCCCAAGACACCGCCAAAAGAAACAUUUAUAAUUGCGGAUGUUCGGUCACUCUCAAGCAGUUCUCCAGAGCAGAAGCAGUGCCCUUCAUCAACCUUUCGUCCUUCCACCUCUUUAAGAAAGAAGAAUAACCUAGGGGAGAGAGAGCUGCCCCCUUGGAGGUCCUCUGAUAAGCAUCCAACUGAUAUCAUUCGGUUUAACUACCUGGACAACUGCAACCCCCUCCAGCCAGGGCAAGGAAGAAAGAAAAGAAAUGAAAUGAUCCCAGAUUUCAGCCGACAGUCACAGGAUAAGAAAAAUAAAUUGCAGGACAGAGCUAGGCCAAGAAAAGCACAUUUCCUGAUGUCCCUGAGUUCCUGCUCCCCUCUGAAAGUUCCAGCGUGGUCCCCUCAAGCGUCAGGGGGAUCCCCAGCCCUCGAAGCAGCAUCUAAGAUUCUCAUGCAGCACCUUCAGAGACACCCUGAGCUCCAGUCAUUCCUCAUCCAGGAUCAGAGCCACAGCUGAUCUGAAAGUGGGAUAGAACUGUUCUAGAAAUGACGAGAUGCUCUAUGUGGCAGCGAGCUGGAUUCUCCAGGCUUCCCCAUCAGAAGCCCUUCCAGGUUAAGUUCCCCGUUGUAAAAGUGAGUCCUCCAGUGUCCCAGUGAAAACAAAUUAAAAGCAAAAAUGUUGAAAAAUUUACAAACUUAGAAACGUGGUGGUGGCUAAUGUGGAAUUGGUGAAGGGUCAAUUUUGGGUGUGUGAGGCAGGUCCAGAAGGAAAUGACAACACACCCCCCAGCUCCUUGGGCAGUUUAAUGAGGAGCUAUUUAUCAUGGUGACUUACCUGGCUUGCUAGGGCCCGUGUCCCUUUUCUCUGUGUCUGUGUCCAAAUCUCUCUUUGUGUGUGUGGUGCCAGGAUUGAACCCAAGACCUCCAAUGUGCUCUACCACUGGGCUGCACCCCCACCCCACAAAUCAGUUUUGAUAAAAACACCAGUCCUGUUGGAUUAGGGCCCGUCCUAAUGGCCUCACUUAACACUAAUUACCUCUUUAGAGGCCCUGUCUCCAAAUGUGGUCUCAUUUGAAAACACUGGGAGUUAGGACUUUGACAUAUAAAUUUGCAGGGGACACAAUUUGGCCCAUGACACACAUUACAGACAAGGUUCAGAGAAGCAAGAAGGGAUGGUGAGACACCCAGGAACUAGCACCAGCAGAAACCUUUAGCAUCCAGGCUGCAGAAGCAGAUGGGAGACAGUGGAGAUCCUGGGACCUAGUCACAACUAUAGCCACGAGAAAGGAGUCACCUCCAGAAUGUGUGCCAUGGGGUAGAGGAAAAGCCACUGUUAAGACCAGGCAGGGAGGGGAGAGGGAUAAGACCUGUCCCUUCUCUUACCACACUCCUGACAGAGCUUCCGCCGUUCACCAUCUGGAGCAGGAGCAAACACACCUGGGUGCCACUGUCAGAUGCCAUCCUCCUGAGGCAGAGAGCAGAGCUGCCAGGUGUGCUGGGAGGCUGGGCGAUGAGGAGACAACAGACAGUAAGUGGCACAAUGGAGGGAAAAAGUACGUUACCAGAGGCAGAAUUACAAUUAAUGUUUGAGAAACUUAAAUGGUCUUUAGUUACUGGAAAACAGAAAAUGUCACUUUUCUGCAAAAAUAUUAGUCAUACAUUUUAAACUAAACCACCUACCCCAUAACCAUGUCAAUGUCCCAGAAGUUACCACUCUAGAAAAUAUAUUGACCCAGGUAAAGCAAAAAAAAAAAUAGAAAAACAAAUAUGUUUGUCAAAUUUGUUUGUGAUGUUGAAUACUUACAUUCUUAUAGUGUGUACUAUAAUAUAUAGACACACACACACACACACACACACAUACACGCGUAUAUAUAUAUAUUUUUAAUGGUUUAAAACAGUUGCCUGCCUGGCAGGAUGACACAGGGCAUGAUGAUUUGAAUGUCCAAAUGAAAGGUAGGGACCAAAAAUGACCAAAUUACAAUUAAUGUGUUUGCACCAUCCUGGGUGGCACUAGUGUGUGUCAUCCUGCAAUUAGCCCUUAUGUCCUUGGGCAAAGCAGCUGGCUCUCAGGAAGGGCACCCUCUUCCUGGAGCCUGAGUCCCCCCGGUUGCCCCCGGGAGCCACAAGCAGGUAUGGAAGCUGGGGUGGCCUGCAUCCUCGCCUGUCUGACCUUGCUUGGCCCAAUGCACCCUUUGAUUAUGUCAAGAGCCAGUCACAUUGUGGGCAGAUGUUCAAAUGGGCCAGACUAGAGUCUACCCUCAGGCCCUUUUGGAAUAAAACAGGAUCUUCUGCACCAGGGAUCUACCAAGAGAAAAAGGGCUCAGCCAGUGCCAGCAGCUGCACUUUGCUUCAGCUGCAUUUGAGUUCUCUCUUCCUGUGUCACAGAGCAUUCCAGUUUCAUUUGCUGCAUGGAGAAGUCAGCUAUUUUCUUCAAGAAUCUGAAGUUUGGGCGGGGAUCUUUGUACGGAACUUGACUCCAGUCCACAUUCCACUUCCAAGAUGGCGGAGGGACAGGUGGGCACUCAGCCAGGCUGAGGGUGGGGCCCGUCUCCCUCCAUAUGGCCGGGGCCUCAGGGCAUGGGGCUAAGCCAGAUGGAAUCUGAAUCACCUCUUGAUCUUGGAAGUCUCAUAGCGUCACUUCUUUCAUCCCUCGUUGGCCAGAGAGACUUGUCCAAUUUCAAGCAGAGGUGACAGACUCUGGAAAGUGGCAAGGUUCUGGAAGUACAUGUGGGCUGGGAGAUAUUUUUGCAAAUAUUUUGGAAUAGACUCUGCCUCAGGAUGGUUCCUUGUGUGCCCCUUACCUAUCUGUACAUCCUAACACAGUGGUAUGAACUAGAAACCAUCAAUAAAGAUGAUAUUGCUCUUCAUUAA